CCCGUGCCGCCGCCCGCUGCCGGCUCCGGCGGGGCCGGGCCGGGGCGGAGCCCAGCCGGGAGCGCGGCCGGGCGGGGCCGCCGCCCCCGCGGCAGGUGCGGGCACAGCAUGGCCCGGGCCGAGCGGCUGCGGAACAAGCUGGUGGAGCGCUGCGAGCGGCUCCAGCUGCAGAGCGCGGCCAUCGCCCGGCACGUGGACGAGGUGCUGCCCGCCAAAGACCAGAGCGUCCUGAGCGCGGCCAGCGCGGCGCGGGAGCUGGUGAUCCAGAGGCUGCUCCUCGUGGGGAAGGCCUGCGAGAACGAGGAGCAGCGGCUGCUGGAGAGGGUGCACGCUGAGGAGGAGAGGGCACACCAGAGCAUCCUCACCCAGCAGGUGCACUGGACAGAGGCUCUGCACAAGCUGGGUGCCCUCCGCACCUACCUGGUGGACGUGAUCACCAACCUGGAUGACCAGGAGCUGCUGCGUGCAGAACAAGAAAUCUUCGAGAGGACGGAGGUGGCGGAGGGAAUCUUGGAGCCACAGGAGUCCCUGAAGUUAAACUUUAAUCAGACCUGUGUUCAGAGUCCACUGCUGCAUCGACUGUGGGCCUGUGCUAUGCUCUGCUGCCUCACAGGCUCACAGGAGAUUCACAUCGAUGAGAAAACCCUGAGCCCCCACCUCAGCCUGUCAGAAGACAAGAGAACCCUGACCUUCAGCCCCAAGAAAGCAAAGGUGGACUCGGACUGCCCCGAGCGGUUUGACCACUGGCCCAACGCUUUGGCCACUGCACCUUUCCACUCGGGGGUCUGUGCCUGGAAGGUCAGCGUGGAGCAGAGCUGUGCCUACAAGCUGGGGGUUUGCUACAGCUCCGUGCCCAGGAAGGGCUCUGCCAACGAAGGCCGCCUGGGCUUCAACGCUGCCUCCUGGGUGUUCUCCCGCUAUGACAAAGAAUUCCGGUUCCUGCACGCAGGGCAGCCCCAGCCCGUGGAGCUGAUCAAAGCCCCGGCAGAGAUCGGGGUCCUGCUGGACUUUGCCGGGGGGGAGCUGCUCUUCUACGACCCCGGCUCCUGUGCCAUCCUCUUUUCCCACCGUGAGGCCUUCCUGGAGCCCGUCUACCCCGUCUUUGCUGUGGCACACCAGAGCAUCUCGCUGGUGCUGUGAGCGGGGUGUGGCCGUGUGUGACUGUGUGUGCUCUGCACACUGCCCGCGGGGAAAGGAGCCCGGGCUGUGGGCUGUGUCCAGGGGCCUUCACACAACACCUGCCUUCACACCACACCUGUUCCUCUGUGUUUUCUGCAGCUUUCCUCAUCCUGGAGUCUACACCCUGUGCUGGGGUGAGGGCUCUGGGAAUGCCUCGUUGGGUCAGCUGCUCCUAGGUGAAUUGUUUCAUUUCUGCCCCACCAAAGGCAGCUUUCCAGUCUGCUGGUGGUCUGGAGAAAAGAGGAGAAAUAGUGAGAGAUAUGCAUGGAGAAAUGGCAGGGAGGAGGCCCGUGGAAAGGCACAUACCGUACUCAUCAGGAGGGUGGAGCCGGGGGGGGGGGGGUCAGGCUCUGCUCCCAAGCAACAGUGAAAGGACCAGAGGAAACAGCUUCAAGUUGUGCCAGGAGAGGUUUAGGUUGGAUAGUGGAGAAAAUUUCUUUGGCACAUGCUAAGACAGUCAUGGAGUCACUAUCCUGGAGGGGUUUAAAAGGUAUUGUGGAUGUGGCACUAGAGGACAUGGCUUAAUGGUGGCCUAGGCCUAGUGUUGGGGGAACAGCUGGACUUGAUCCUAAAGGUCUUUUCCAACCUAAAUGAUUCUGUGAUUCGCUGAUGGGGACACAGCUGGAGAUGCUUUUGGGAGGAGCUACCCCACUGCAGAGCAAGGACAGUGCAAGGGGCUCUUCCCUGUGGGGGAAUCAUGCUGGGACAGGGGCGCUGCUGAGGGGCUGUGGCCAUGUCCAAGCAGAGGAACAAGGAAAGAGCAGCAAAAAGAAAUCAAAACUGAGUGUCCCAAAGGAGUGGGAUUUGAGUGUAACGUCGUGCAAACACAGGGAGCUGAUGGCAGCAGGCAGGGGGGAAGGAGAGGUGUAGGCAUGAAGCUGAGCCAGAGAAAGGGGUUUAAUGUCAUCUUUAAAGGGUCAUCUUUUUAUGUCUCACUACCCAAAUCAGUAAAGUUUGUUAACUGGCAAUUCAUUAAGUGAAA